CCUGUGUCCCGGUUUUUAUAAGUAGCAUUUCGCGCGUUUUCUAAAUCGUGACUCGUGACAUUUCAUCUCACGGACACUUUUCAUUUUGUGUGUGAACAAAAACCCUUUACACGCACCAUACUUUAAAAGUAUUCAGCUGAAAGGACCCAAAAGCGUUUCAACACCAUACUUCAGACCACAGACAGGGUGCAAAGAAAAGUAAGUGCCUUUCAGUCCAGAUGUCGUCCUCCUCUGCAACCUCCUCUGUCCUCCUAAAUACGGGGGUUCAGAUGCCCCUCCUGGGUUUGGGGACCUAUAAACUGCGUGAAUUUGAGGAUGUCUCCAGAGCUGUGGAUGCUGCCCUGGCUUCUGGUUACCGGGCUUUUGACAGUGCAGCUGUCUACCAGAAUGAAGCUGAAUUCGGCCGAGCCCUGAGGGAGCUGCUGCCAAAACAUGGCCUGACCAGAGAGGAUGUAUUCAUAACCAGUAAGCUGAGCCCAAAAGAGCAGGGGGAGAAGGCCAUGCAGGGAGCUCUAAGCAGCCUGUCUCAGCUGGACUUGGGUUACAUUGACCUAUACCUGAUCCACUGGCCUGGCACAGAGGGACUGGAGGUGACUGACCAACGCAACCCAGUCAACAGAGCCCAGAGCUGGGUCACACUGGAGGAGCUGCAUGCACAGGGAAAGCUGAAGGCCAUCGGAGUGUCCAACUACACACCGGCACACAUGAGGGAGCUGAUGCAGAGCUGCAAAGUCACUCCUGCAGUGCUACAGGUGGAGUUCCACCCACAAAUGUGCCAGGCAGAGUUGAGGAGUGUGUGUGAGGAGUUUGGAGUGUGUUUCCAAGCUUACUCUUCUUUGGGGAAAGGAAACCUGGUCACUGACCCUGUGGUCAUGGAGGUGGCAAAGAACUGUGAACGCACACCUGCACAGGUCUUGUUGCGUUGGGCCGUGCAGCAGGGUGUCCCGGUGCUCCCUAAGUCCUCACAUCCAGACAGAAUAAAGGACAACGCCAGGCUCUUUGACUUUACACUGAACGACACAGACAUGAACAGACUGUCAGCUUUGGACUGUAAACACAAGUACUGCAGGGAUUCCUCAGCGGUGGUUUGAUAAACCACAAGUGGGAUACUCAUUGAGUUCAAUGAUGCCUUAUUACUGAUUUUACAUUUUCCCUCCCAACUCUUCUUAUCUGGUAACUGCAGUUAAUAAUAAACAGUGCCAACAGUGUACCAAUAAUCCAGUACACUUGAAUGUAGCUUAUCAGUAGCUGUAGUGUGUGAUCAGCAUUUGGCAAUAUAGUGAUUCUAAGAUACUGCAUGUCCAUUUAGAUAAUUUAAGGGACAGGAGACAAAGGUGUGAUGUGUAAGUACUGGGUAGGGUAUGAAAAAGGAAGGAUAACUGGAUGGAUAAAGUGAUGUGGAGUGAAAGAUACAAGGGAAGACAAUGAAGUUGGUGUUGGAGAAGGGCUGGAGACUGUCUAGGUUGCUCAGAACAGUUCUGAUAAUCUCCUGAAAACAGAAUAAGAGAAAGAAAGAGACAUAAAAUAAAGGAGGAGCAAAUUGAAAAAUAAGAAGUAAUAAUGAAUAAAUUCACUGUGAAAACGCACAAUUAAUUUCAUAAAGAAGAUUGGGAGUGCACAACUUAUUUGAAUACUGACUAGGACAGCAGCAUGAUCCAUAAUUACUUUGUUAUUGGCUGAAGCGGUGUCUGUCUAUCACUUCCUCUCCACUGUUGAAAUAUGUGAAAUGCAUUAUAAAAUGUUCACAACACACUAUUAUCAUUUUUCAUUGGUAGCGGUUACAGUUUUAGUAGCUUGUUCCAUUGUAAAGCAGAUUAUAAUCAGUGACAGUAAAGUACCAGCAUUUAAAGGCUUUGACGGUUGAGUUUAAAAAUAAAACUUCUGCUGCUG